AUGGCGCCGAAACAACAGCGCUGUAGUAUCAAGGAGAAGCGUGAAGGUGCGCAGCUCGCAAUUCAAGUCGGCGUCGACGAGGCUGCGUACCAGCUCGGGCGACCCCGCGGAACUGUGUUCGGAUGGUGGAAGCAAGCCGACAGGCUUUUCGCUUUCCGCGGAAACUCGCGUUCGCCAACUCUGAAGGGGCAGGGACGCAAGGAAAUAUUUCCUAGCGUCCCAGCCCUUGUUACAUUUAUGAAGGGCACGCGCACAGACGAAAAGGCCCUAUCGACGCAUGCAAUGAUCGACUACAUGUGGCUACUAGAGCCUGAGUGGUGUGCAAGCUACAUGGACAGCCACAAAAGCCCUGAGCAGUCGCUAGAAAAAAUGUGUCAACGCAUUUGCAAACGGUAA